AUGGCGGUAUCGACGGUAGCGCUUUACGCGAGCCCACCAAACAGCCUGUGCUCCGGGCCGCACCAGAUCAGCUCCCACGCGUCGCACGAAUUCGACGUCAUCGCUCGUUCAGCGUCUUCAGCCGCCGCUUCUCCUUCGCAGAAGCCUGUUAUCGGCGGCCUUUCGUGCCUGUUCUCAUCGCCGCCGAUCAAAUCCGCGAAGAUCGCCUCCGGAGCCGAGGAGUUUGGUUCGAUGUGGCAUGAUAGGGCUGAGGAAUUGGGGUCCUCCUUCCGUAACUCGUCGUUGGGCUCGUCCUUGAAACGAGAUCAGGCGCACCAGAGCCCGGUGUCCGUGCUUCAGGGUAUUAAUAGCUCGAUCGGGUCGAGCUCCCGGAGCCCGCCGAUGAGAAUUAGCGGGGAAUUUGGAUCGAUUAGGUUCGGGACUGGGCGAAUUAGCGUUGAUUUCGGGUCGAUUAGGUCGGGGACGGGGGGAAUGUUUAAUGGGUUCGUGAGGCACGCGUUGGGUUCAAGCGUGGCAUCGCCUUUGGAUUUGGAUGUUAACGACUUCGAUUUAUCUACAUGCGAACAUGAACUUACCUUUAACAUGGAGGAUAGUUUCGUGGGGACAGACUUGCCGCCUUAUGCCAGGGAUAUGCUUUCUGAGGCCCAGUCGAGACAUCUGAUGUUCAGGGAUGAUUUUGUGGUCAAGGCUUUUUCUGAAGCAGAGAAGGCACACAGAGGCCAGAUGCGGGCAAGUGGGCAUCCUUAUUUGCAGCAUUGCUUGGAGACAGCUGUUCUGUUGGCAAAAGUUGGUGCCAAUUCUACUGUUGUGGCAGCUGGGCUUUUGCAUGACACUGUUGACGAUUCUUUUGUCACUUCUGAGGCUAUUUCCAGAUCACUCGGAACUGAAGUUGCUGAUUUAGUGGAGGGGGUGUCAAAGAUGAGCCAAUUGAGCAAGCUUGCACGGGAGAACAACACAGCCAGUAAGACUGUGGAGGCAGACAGGUUACAUACCAUGUUCCUGGCUAUGACAGAUGCUAGGGCAGUCCUAAUAAAGCUUGCUGAUAGAUUACAUAAUAUGUCGACUUUAGAUGCGUUGCCCUUCAUUAAACAACAGAGGUUUGCAAAAGAAACAUUGGAAAUAUUUGCUCCUCUGGCCAGUAGAUUAGGGAUUUCAACUUGGAAAGAGCAGCUAGAAAACCUGUGUUUCAAAUAUCUUAACCCAGACAAUCACCGGGAAAUUUCUUCCAAGCUUGUUAAUAAUUUUGAUGAGGCUGUGAUUACAUCUUCUUUGGAAAAGCUGGAGCAAGCGCUGAAGGAUGGAGGAAUUUCUUACCACUCUUUAUCAGGCAGACACAAGAGCUUGUAUAGCAUCCAUUCAAAGAUGUUAAAGAAGAAGCUGAACAUGGAUGAAAUUCACGAUAUUCAUGGGUUAAGAUUAAUUGUUGAAACCAAAGAAGACUGCUACAAAGCUCUAAACAUUGUCCAGCAGCUAUGGCAUGAAUUACCAGGGAGGUUCAAAGACUAUAUUGCUCAUCCUAAGUUUAAUAGGUACCAAUCUAUACACACAGUCGUUACUAGUGAAGGUACUAUCCCCUUUGAAGUUCAAAUCCGGACAAAAGAGAUGCAUCUGCAAGCAGAGUACGGAUUUGCCGCUCAUUGGAGAUAUAAAGAAGGAGACUGUAAAUACUCGUCCUUUGUCCUCCAGAUGGUUGAGUGGGCCCGUUGGGUCAUUUCGUGGCAGUGUGAGGCCAUGAGCCAGGACCCUUCUUCUGUUUGUUAUGUGGACUCCAUUAAACUACCUUGUACAUUUCCUAACCAUUCCAAAGACUGCUCGUUCUCUUGCAAACCUGAUUGCGGGUCUUCUGGGCCCCUUUUUGUGAUCAUGAUUGAGAAUGACAAGAUGUCUGUGCACGACUUACCUGCAAACUCAUCCAUAAAAGAUCUGUUGGAAAAAUCGGGCCAAGGCAUUUCUGGUUGGGCUUCGAAUGCAAUUUCCAUAAAACAGGAGCUAAGGCCACGACUAAACCACGAGCCCGUUAGUGACCCAGCCUGCAAGUUGAAAAUGGGGGACGUGGUUGAGUUGACCCCUGCCUUGUCGGACAAGUCACUGACUGAUUACCGGGAAGAAAUGCAGCGGAUGUAUGACCGUGGUAUAACGGUUCCCCUUGGCCAUGGUAUGGUGUCCACUGCUAGCUCUAGAAGCUGA